AAUAUAUACCUGUAUCAAAUUGUCACAUAGUAUACCUUAAGCUUACACAAUGUUCUAUGUCAAUUAUCUCUCAACAAAGCUAGAAAAAAAGUCAUUAGCAGGUUGAAGUUUGAUAUAUGAAGUUUGAUAUUGUUCUCAGAGGAACGAGCUUGAAACUAAAAAGUAAGGAAACUCCUUGGGGGAAAUAGCACCCUGAUGUUUAGCUGACUCUCUCCUAUUCUCCUUUCUAAUCUCUGUACUCCCUUCCAAUGUAUGACCAUGUCGAGACAGUAGGGUGACAAUAACCCCAUGUGACUAUGUCUGCUUCUGUUGCACAUCAAAUCCAGAAGAGGCUUGAAAUUUUGAAAGGGCAAAUUUUAUUUUUGAUACCAAAGUAAACAAAGAGAGUACUCUACUGAAUGUAUGCUUUUUUAUUGGUCUUGUUACUGGCAAAAUAAUUAAACAAAGAGGUCAUUAGACUGAGAUGGCUCUCACGCCUUGGUUGCCUACUUAUUAAGCAAACCAAAACUUAAGCUAGAGUCAAUUGUAAAUGUGUUCAUAUCCAAGAAAAUAAAAUUUAAGAACAACCAAUCACAAACAGCCAAGGAAACUUUCCCAAGUAAGGCAACCACUUAAAUGUAGCUAAUCAAAUAAUGCCCUUGCCUUUCUUCUGAGUCUGCUCUAUAAAAGUCUUUCCAUUAGCUUCCGUCAAUAGAGCUCAGUUUACUGCUUUCCGUUUGGUGCUGCCCAAUUUAAAUCAAUGUUUCUCACAUAAACCCUUGAAACUUUCAAUAUGCCUCAGUUUAAUUUUUGACAAUACUCGAGAAGGGGGCUACUCUCAUUCCAAGAGAGCACAAAUUUCAGAACUGAUGGGAUUCUCAGUAUUUCUACCAUCCAGAAUACCUUCCUAAUAUAAUUUCAAGGUGCAUCCCAAGUCCUCCUCUAAGGGCAGGUUUUGUAGAAGUUUCAAUCCAGAGAUGCUGUGACUUCUUGGGUUCUACAAUGUUCCUUCUUUCUUGUAGUAUGGAGUUGCUUCUGUAGCUGAGCCCCAAAGAUCCUCUCCCCUGGAUAUAAAUCCAGGACGGAUCUUAUAGUCCCUCCUUUGUGUUGCCCGAAUAUUUUCGAAGCUCUGAGGUCCUGACUUCCUGGUUCCAUCUCUUACUAUCUGUGUGAUCUGGAACAUGUUACUUAAUCUCUUUAUGCCUCGGUUUUCUUAGAUGUUAAGUGGCGUUAAAAUCAUACUAACUCACAGCAUUCUUCUGAAGAUUAAGUGAAUUAAUAUCUGCAAAUAUUUUAAAACAAAGUCCAUACAAUUAAUGCAUAGCAAAUACUCAAUUGUUUUACAUGUUUAGUACUGUUAUUCCUCCAUUGUGUAACUUAUUUCCUCAAAACAGAGUCACAAUCUAGCUCACAAACUCUCACUUUAGGGCAGCCUAGACUCUCUUACUACUCUAUUUGGUUUUUAUCUAUAUUCUUCAGUAACCAACUAGUGUCACUUUUACAAGUAUUUAUCAGUAUAUUCUUCUCCAAGGGCCAGAACAGACUCUGACCCUAUUCCCAGUAUGAAGUAGCUCAUUUUUGUUUACUUUUGUCUUAGCUCAUUUCCAGAUUACAGCAGAAAGUGACGUCCUCAGUUUGGUGGUGAAUCACACGCAUACAAACAUUCUGUCAAUAUAAACCCACCACAAGAAAGCCUGGGUUCUUGUUGCUGCCUCCUGAAGGCCCUCUGUUCUCUCUCCUAAAGAUCAGUGGGCAAGACUGACAUUAUGGAGCAGAGGAAUCAGAGUGGGAGGGUAAGUGAGUUUGUGUUGCUGGGCUUCCCGGCUCCUGCGCCACUGCGAGCACUUUUAUUUGCCCUUUCUCUGCUGGCCUAUGUGUUGGUGCUGACUGAAAACACACUCAUCAUUAUGGCAAUUAGAAACCACCCCACCCUUCACAAACCCAUGUACUUCUUUCUGGCUAAUAUGUCCUUCUUGGAGAUCUGGUAUGUUACUGUCACUAUUCCCAAGAUGUUAGCUGGAUUUGCUGGGUCCAAACAGAGCCAGGGACAGCUAAUCUCCUUUGAGGGCUGCAUGACCCAGCUCUAUUUUUUCCUGGGACUGGGCUGCACUGAAUGUGUCCUUCUUGCUGUUAUGGCCUAUGAUCGCUAUGUGGCCAUCUGCCAUCCUCUCCACUAUGCUGUCAUUGUCAGCGGUCAGCAGUGUGUGCAGCUUGCAGCUGGCUCCUGGGCUGGAGGUUUUGGUAUCUCCAUGGUCAAAGUUUUUCUCAUUUCUCGCCUCUCCUACUGUGGACCCAACAUCAUCAACCACUUUUUCUGUGAUGUCUCCCCAUUACUCAAUCUUUCAUGUACUGACAUGUCAACAGCAGAGCUUACAGACUUUGUUCUGGCCAUUUUUAUCCUGCUGGGGCCACUCUCUGUCACUGGGGCCUCCUAUAUGGCCAUCACUGGUGCUGUGGUACGAAUUCCCUCGGCUGCUGGGCGCCAUAAAGCCUUUUCCACCUGUGCCUCUCACCUCACUGUUGUGAUCAUCUUCUAUGCAGCCAGUAUCUUCAUCUACGCCCGGCCAAAGGCACUCUCAGCUUUUGACACCAACAAGCUGGUUUCUGUACUCUAUGCUGUCAUUGUACCUUUGCUCAACCCCAUCAUUUACUGCUUACGCAAUCAAGAGGUCAAGAGAGCCCUACGCCAUACGCUACACCUAUACCAGGGCCAGGAUGCUAAGCGCAGGAAAGCAAGCAGAGAUGGGUAGAAAAUGCUCUUAAACUUGGCAUCUAUAUCUUCUAUGAAGUCCAGAGGAGUUCUUAUGCCCUAAAUUAAGGACUAGGGCUCA